AUAUCAUUCCAUCUCUCAUCGUCUCAGUAACUCCCGCUCAAGAUGUUGAUCAAAGUUCGCACCCUCACCGGCAAGGAGAUCGAGUUGGACAUCGAGCCUGACUACAAGGUGUCCCGCAUAAAGGAGCGUGUCGAAGAGAAGGAGGGUAUCCCUCCCGUCCAGCAGCGACUGAUCUUCGGCGGAAAGCAAAUGGCCGAUGACAAGACCGCCUCAGAAUACAACCUGGAAGGUGGCGCCACGCUACAUCUCGUCCUUGCUCUUCGUGGUGGCUCCGCCUUGUAAUUUACCUACCGACCCUAUCUACCCACCUGCCUACUACCCUCGACUCGAUUUCCCAACGACCGUAUCGCACUAGAACGAAAUGGAGGUUGUCGAUGACCGGGAAUGGGGUUUGGAAGCAGAGAACUCGUCUCUUGAGAAGUGGUAGCGGUGGAUGCAGCGAUAGAGCUUUUGUUUCGCGCAGUAUACCCGAUGAGCUGCGUGCGUGCAGGAACUUGGCUUACCAUUGACUUUCGACUUUCGGGCCGGUUUCCUGAUUACUUGAUUUCUCCUUUCUACCCGUUAAGCAUGCCUUAUGUCGCAUAUGUCUCUUUCUACCGAUUGGCACCACUAGGUAUCUGUGCUAUACCAAUGCAGUAACGACAAAUUCAGACCCAAGAAACUCCCACAUGCCAUCCAAAAAUGCAAAAU